CUAUUCGGGCUUUUCACCUUCUAGCAAAUAUUCGAACUUGACGAAACAUCCUUCGUUCUCCACUUUCGAAAGUGACUGAGAAGCAUCGACACAGGAGGCUAAUUACCAGCUGUUCUUCACCGUGUUCAGGUUCUUGCUUUUGGUUGGUUAAGGGCUCUGUAAUUUUGGGGUGGUUGUUGCAGUUUGGGAUAACUGAAAUGGACCCAAAAAUAGAUGUUAGGACUGAAAGCUCCUCCAUGCCCUCCUCCAUCAGGACUAAAGAAGGGGACCAGUGGAACAGUAAACCAGUCUCAUACAAGAUGUAUUCCAAAAGUGCUCAGAUCCGCCUUGUGAGCAGCCAUCCUGAAGUUUAUGAGCCCUGUGAUGAUUCUUUUGCACUGGUUGAUGCACUACUAGCUGAUCGAACUAACCUGUUAGAGCAUCAUCCAUCAUUAUGCAUGGAAGUGGGUUGUGGCAGUGGGUAUGUUAUCACAUCUCUGGCUAUCAUGCUUGGGCAAGAAGUUGCCGGUGUCCACUAUAUUGCUACUGAUAUCAACCCACAUGCUGUGCAAGUGACUAGUGAGACACUGAAGGCACAUGGAGUGCAUGCAGAGGUGAUAUCUACUGAUAUUGCAUCUGGUUUAGAAAGGCGACUGUCAGGGAUUGUGGAUGUAAUGGUUGUGAACCCACCUUAUGUACCGACACCUGAGGAUGAGGUUGGUCGAGAUGGAAUUACUUCUGCUUGGGCAGGAGGAGAGAAUGGGCGGAGGGUUAUUGAUAGGAUCCUACCCAUUGCAGACAAGCUUUUAUCAGAUAGGGGCUGGUUGUACAUGGUAAUGCUAGCAGCAAAUAACCCCUCACAGAUAUGCCUUGCUAUGAGGGAGAAAGGCUAUGCUUCUCGGAUAAUUGUACAGAGGUCAACAGAAGAAGAGAGCCUCCAUGUUGUGAAGUUCUGGCGGGAUUCUGAUAUUCAAGUGGGAGCAAGGGAGCCAACAACAACAAGCAGAACAACUUCCACAACAGUAAUGGAAUCUCUAUUUUCGCAAUUUCCUCGCUUGGCUUUCUGGAGGAAUGACAACAACAGCUACUAAAUGUGGAGGAAGGAGUCAUUCUUCAUUCCUCGUAUUAUUGGAUGCACGAGUAAAUUUCAAUCUGUUAUGUUUGGUGGGAAGAAUGAUAUUGACAAAUAUUACCUCAGAGCACUACUGAAGACCAGCAUUCUUUCAAAAUUCUCUUGCUAAAGGUGAAGAAUGCAUCUCUGUAAUUGGUACUAUGUGCUCUAUUGUGUUCAUACCUGAAUUGUUCAUGUUACAUCAUUAGUGAACCAUAGCCCAAAAAUCUUACUAAUUCUCUCAGCUUGAUCAAGGGCCACAGGAGACCUUUGGAUAAGAACUUUGCCUGAUAAGGUUAUCUUAACCAUUUGAUAUAUUGACGUUUUAAGCCUUUCUACA